CAAAGCUCAGGGAAGCCAGGAAGCACCUUGGUUUCGCAAACUCUCCUGCAGGCUGGCCCAAUCCCGCCCACCAGGCUGAUUGGCCCUGGGGCCGCGGGGCGGCGGCUGGAGACUACUUUAGUACCAAGCGCUCGGAGGCCCUCGGGCUCCUUCCCGCAGCGGCUCUUGAAGCUCCACUAGGCUGAGGCCGCUGCCCGCAUCUUCCCAGGCUCCGCUAAACUCAGGGUCGCUUCUUCCAAAUUCCAGGUUUUGGCGGACUUUGCAAAGGAAAGCCGAAGGUCGUGAUGGAGCUUGAAGAGGACCUUAACGGAGGAGCAGACAAGAACUUCUCGAAGAUGGGCAAAAAGAGUAAAAAGGAGAAGAAAGAAAAGAAACCAGCCGUUGGCAUAUUUGGGAUGUUUCGCUAUGCGGAUUGGCUCGACAAGCUACUCAUGGUUCUGGGGACGCUGGCUGCUGUUAUCCAUGGGACUUCACUUCCGCUCUUGAUGCUGGUGUUUGGACACAUGACGGAUAGUUUUACAAAAGCAGAAACCACUAUUUCACCAAACAUUACUAAUCAAAGUGAAACCAACGGUACUCAGAUCAGCAGCAGCGGCGAUCUGGAGGAAGACAUGGCCACGUACGCCUACUAUUACACGGGGAUUGGUGCUGGCGUGCUCAUAGUUGCCUACAUCCAGGUUUCAUUUUGGUGCCUGGCAGCUGGAAGACAAAUACACAAAAUUAGACAGAAGUUUUUUCAUGCUAUAAUGAAUCAGGAGAUAGGCUGGUUUGACGUGCAUGACGUUGGGGAGCUCAACACCCGACUCACAGAUGAUGUCUCCAAAAUCAAUGAUGGAAUUGGUGACAAAAUUGGAAUGUGCUUUCAGUCCAUAACCACAUUUCUAGCUGGUUUUGUUGUAGGAUUUAUAAGUGGUUGGAAGCUAACCCUUGUCAUUUUGGCUGUCACUCCUCUGAUUGGAUUGUCAUCUGCUAUGUGGGCCAAGGUAUUGACUUCAUUUACUAAUAAGGAACUCCAGGCUUAUGCAAAAGCUGGAGCAGUUGCUGAAGAAGUCUUAGUGGCCAUCAGAACUGUGAUUGCAUUUGGAGGACAAAAGAAAGAACUUGAAAGGUACGAUAAAAAUUUAGAAGAAGCUAAAAAUGUUGGAAUAAAGAAAGCGAUCACAGCCAACAUUUCCAUAGGUAUUGCCUACCUACUGGUGUAUGCAGCGUAUGCACUGGCGUUCUGGUACGGGACCUCCUUGGUCCUCUCAAAUGAAUACUCUGUUGGACAAGUGCUUACUGUCUUCUUCUCUAUAUUAACUGGGACUUUCAGUAUCGGACAUCUUGCCCCAAACAUAGAAGCCUUCGCAAACGCAAGAGGGGCAGCCUAUGAAAUCUUCAAGAUCAUUGACAAUGAGCCAAACAUUGACAGCUUCUCAACAAGGGGACACAAACCAGACAGUAUAAUGGGAAAUUUAGAAUUUAAAAAUGUCCACUUCAGCUACCCAUCUCGAAGUGGAGUUAAGAUCUUGAAGGGCCUCAACCUGAAGGUGCAGAGUGGACAGAUGGUGGCCCUGGUUGGCAACAGUGGCUGUGGGAAAAGCACCACUGUCCAGCUGUUGCAGAGGCUGUAUGAUCCCAUAGAGGGCGUGGUCAACAUUGACGGACAGGACAUCAGGACCAUCAAUGUGAGGUAUCUGCGGGAAAUCAUUGGCGUGGUGAGUCAGGAACCUGUGCUGUUUGCCACCACCAUCGCUGAAAACAUUCGCUAUGGCCGAGAAAACGUCACCAUGGAUGAGAUUGAGAAAGCUGUCAAGGAAGCCAACGCCUAUGACUUCAUCAUGAAACUGCCCCAUAAAUUUGACACCCUGGUUGGUGAGAGAGGGGCUCAGCUGAGUGGGGGACAGAAACAGAGAAUCGCCAUUGCUCGUGCCCUGGUCCGCAACCCCAAGAUCCUUUUGUUGGAUGAGGCGACCUCAGCUUUGGACACAGAAAGUGAAGCCGUGGUUCAGGCCGCUCUGGAUAAGGCUAGAGAAGGCCGGACCACCAUCGUGAUAGCUCACCGCUUGUCUACAGUUCGUAAUGCUGACGUCAUUGCUGGGUUUGAUGAUGGUGUCAUUGUGGAGCAAGGAAAUCAUGAUGAGCUCAUGAAAGAGAAGGGCAUUUACUUCAAACUUGUCAUGACACAGACUAAAGGAAAUGAAACUGAACUGGGAAGUGAAACUUAUGAAUCCCCAAGUGACACUGAGGCCUCUGAAUUGACUUCAGAAGAAUCAAAAUCCCCGUUAAUAAGGAGAUCAACUUGCAGAGGUACUCAUGGUCCACAAGACCAAGAGAGAAGAGUCAGUGUGCAGGAGGCGCAGGAGGAAGAUGUGCCUCUAGUUUCGUUUGGCCAGAUCCUAAAACUAAACAUAACUGAAUGGCCUUACUUGGUCAUUGGUGUACUUUGUGCUGUUGUAAAUGGAUGCAUGCAACCAGCGUUCUCCGUAAUAUUUUCAAGGAUUAUAGGGGUUUUUACAAGAGAUGAUGAUCCUGAAACCAAACAACAGAACUGUAAUUUGUUUUCCCUGCUUUUUCUGGUCCUAGGAAUGAUUUCUUUUGUUACAUAUUUCUUACAGGGCUUCAUGUUUGGUAAAGCUGGAGAGAUCCUCACCAAGCGACUCCGAUACAUGGUUUUCAAAUCCAUGCUGAGACAGGAUAUAAGCUGGUUUGAUGAUCAUAAAAAUAGUACUGGCACGUUGACCACCAGGCUCGCCAGUGACGCUGCUAAUGUUAAAGGGGCUAUGGGUUCCAGGCUUGCUGGAAUUACCCAGAAUGUAGCAAAUCUCGGGACAGGAAUUAUCAUAUCCUUAAUCUAUGGCUGGCAGCUAACACUUUUACUCAUAGUGAUUAUACCGCUCAUCAUAUUGGGUGGCAUUAUUGAAAUGAAAAUGUUGUCUGGUCAUGCUCUGAAGGACAAGAAAGAACUAGAGGUUUCUGGGAAGAAAACUUCGGUUUCCUGCAGAUUCGUAGCAGAAGAAAAGUGGACAACAGCUCUCUGAGCUCGAAGACUGGCAGCUGCUUGUCAAGGCUUUCCUGAUUUCAGGCUGCUGCCUCCACUUUCUCCUGUGUUCCCAUCCGGCCCUCUCCUCCCUUCCGUUCUUUUCUUCUCUCCCACCUUCUCUGUGUUCGGGGAUGUAGGUGCGUUCUGUUACACAUGAUUGGGGAGGUUCAGUAUGGAAAGUCCUGAGAGUGUUGCGUUCCUCUUUUCAUGCCUCCGCUUUCCUCCCACGUCUGUUCUUCCCUUGACCCUGUUUGUCCUGCACCUUUACCUGUUUCUUUUUUCACAGCUUGACAAAUGCUUUGGUGGACUUUCUGGGUUUCCUGGUAAAUGUUCUAUUUCUUGCAGUGACUGUAGUAGGUGUGUUGUGUUUAUUGAGCUUCUUGAUUUUUGUGGUGAAGACUUUUUAUUUGAAGAAAAGCAUUACGAUUUUAUAGUACUGAUGUGCUUACAAUGCCGUAGAGUGAUGGUAGGAAGAUAACCAAGUCUAAGAACCAGGAGACUGUUCCAGGCUCACGAAGUUACUUCAGCGUGAGUGAGGCAAGGAGUGCAGAUGGAGAUGGGUGUGUCUAUGGCAGACUUUCAGAGUCAUGGUCAGGUUCUACUUCAAUGGUAGCUCCUCAGAGGGAAUACAGUACAUAGAGACCAUGGCGGUGGCUAUUCAAACCACCCUACUUAAUACUAAAAAUCAACCUCAUUGUUCUAUGUUCUAUGUUCUCAGGUUACCAUUUAUUAUUAAAUAACUGGCAUAUAGCCGCCAUCAUCUUGUGAGCUGUAUGUGUAUUCUCUUACUUAUUGCUGUCAGUAACUCUGCAGAAUUAUCCCUGUUGGAGAGGUGAUAAAGCCCAAAAUUUAGAGAGAUCCUGGGUCUUGUCCAAAGUCACAAGGUAAUGGAUGUCUCACUGAUCUACUCCCUCUAGUCAUAUCCUCCUGUACUCUAUAUUCUUCACACAAAAUCCAUUCUCAUAUCUAUUAGAUACAUAUCAGAUCGUGCUAACCUGCACUUCAAAUCUUGCCGUGGCUUCUAAGGAGUUGCGUAUAGUCCAAGCUUUUAUCCCGGCUGCAAACCCAACGUGGCCUAGUCCUGGAUGACUGUUCCUUUCUUGCACUGCAUUCUUUGUGGUCCACACUGCUGCAGCCACCACGGGCCUUGUGCAGCUCCCAUCACACUCCUCUUCGAUUCCCUUGGACCACGGAUGGCUUGUUUACAUCAUUCGGGUUUCUGAAUUGUAUUUCCAGAGGCCAUUCACACUCGCUGAUUGCAUGCCUCCUAUCAGCCUCUGAUGUUUCUGUCCUAUUUCUUUAUUAAUGGACAGCAUGUCUUCCUUGCUAAAACUUAAGUGCCUGCUUACCAUCUUCAGUCCGUGAUGUCAGAAUGCGCUCAUAGCCUUGACGUCUAAGGCGUGUGUUUGGCAGUGUUUAGUCAUGUUCUUAUGGACACACUGAGCACUUACUAAAAAAGCUGCAGUUUUUUUCCAAUCGUGAAAGCCAUAAUCAAACAUGAGUUUUUGAAGGCAGGAGGGGGAGGGUAAAGAAGUUUAUUCAUUUAUUUUUUUCAAAAUCAUGCAUUUUUCUUUCUCCAAAGAUAUUUAGUAAACGAUUCUUUCAGAAAGAAACAGUACCAUUUUUUACUCUUCCAACUAAAAGUUCUUCAUUUGGGGAAUUACUUAGUCUUUAAAACUUGUGGAGAUUGAAGCUAUAAGGGUAGAAGCUUCUGGUUAAGGUUUUUUCCUAAUUGCUUCAUUGCACCUCUAAAUGAAGAGAUAAUUCUGUGGGAUAGUAUGUCAUUUUACUGACCACAAAAAUCUGUGCCUCAAACUCUCAUUUUUAUCAGCAACAAACACUGAGAAUACAUGAUAUUUACAAACUCACGAGAGCCCCAGCAGCCUGGCCUUAGGAAACAAUGCACAGGAAGUCUUUCAGACGUCAUUGAAGUUGACCAUGGAACUUGUUUUCCAUCACUCACUGCUGUGGUUUGUUCAGUUGUCUUACUAACCCAGAAAAGCUCUCCUAUUUAUUUGAACCCUAUAAUUA